AUGGAGGCAUCGACUACUACUGCACCAGCUGUACUGGACGAGUGGCUUUUCCCCGACGCCGCGCGGCUCGGGUCUUUUGGCGACUACGACGCGCCGGUCUCGACCUUUGACUUUGCGCGAGCGCCCGUCAGCGAGAGCUCCGAGUGCGUGUCUUCGUCGGCCGGGUCACCUCUCGACAAUUUCUCGUCGCUUUUUGACGCCGGAAUGGUCGCUGCGGGCGCCGGCAUGCCGGGCUCGGAUUCGGAUACGUUGUUCACGGCUAGCAAUACCGUGUCGCUCACAAACUCCCCGGGCAUCAAACAGGAAGACGCCGACGCGCGCUUCCUGUACCGCGAUCCUGCGGCCGCGUCUGAGGCGGCGCUUGCCGUCGUAGACGCAGCCUCAGCGGAAGACACACAGACCGAUGCGGCGGAUUCUACGGCGGCGGCUGCAGCCGCCGACGCUGCCGGCUCGGCCCCAGACGGAGGCGCGCGCCGCAAGCGCGCGCCCCGCAAGCGGCUAACGGCACAUCAGAAACAGGCGCACAACAAGAUCGAAAAAAGGUAUAGAAUCAACAUCAACACCAAGAUCGCCAAACUCCAGCAGAUCAUCCCGUGGGUGGCAAGUGAGGAGACGGCGUUCGAGGUCGGAGACGCGGCCGGACGUGGCCGUGGGUCUCUCCCGAGAUCUGCGCCCGGGUCCGGGUCUGGGUCUGGGUCUGGGCUUGGCGCCUGUGGCGAUUCCGCCACCUGCAACAGUUCUGAGGCCAGCUCGUGCAAUUCUCGGAGCACGUGCGUCUCAGAAUGCAGCGGAGGCGUGGACGUCGGCGCAUGCGCCGCUGUCACGCCGAAACUCAACAAGAGCAUGAUUUUAGAGAAGGCCGUGGACUACAUUUUGUAUCUGCAGAACAACGAGCGGUUAUACGAGAUGGAGGUUCAGCGGUUAAAGAAGGAGUUAGAGACUCUGCGCCCGAAAUGA